AUGAUCAUUUUUCACAUGACCCAUGGUCAAUCGUCAUCGCCCAUUUUCUAUCUUUUUAUAAAAUUGGGCUAAACAUUUUUAGUCCUAAAACGUCCACUAGAUUUAGUGUAAAAAUGGCGUUUUGCCGUUUAGUGUUCCCGUUAUUAGUGUUAAGUGUUUUGGGCGGUACUUUUGCCCAGGUACCAGUGUACAUUUGGGGUGAUGUAGAUGGAACAUCAACAAAAUCGAAUCCCCUAUCAACGCUAUCGGAGGCGGAAUUCAAAGGAGUUUUGAAGCGAGAGCUCGUCGAUGACGCGUUCACGGUAAUCUUUAUCGACGAAACGCUAUCCGUAGAGGAUUUCUCGAGGAGGCCCGACGGCGAAAAUUCCUUCCCAUACUUGCAAGCUAACAUCGGCAAAGCGCUAUAUUUACCCUCAGUGGACAACUCGCUGACCGUCCUUAACGGCCUGGCCGAUCCCGAGAAGGUCGACCACGUCAAGUUGACUGAAAACGGUCUGUCCGCCGAAAUCGAACCCGACAGCGGCAAAUUCCUGUUUAUCGUGCUCAAAGACGCUCGCGAGGGUGAGUCCAGGGUGGAACUGCUAAAGCGUCAUGACGAUUUUAUGGAAAAAAUGGUUGGGGAGCUUCAGGAGCGCUACUCCAAGGUUUUGGCGAUCUACACCGCUGAAUACCCGUCCUGGGUGAUUCCCGAAGCUCACUCCCGUGCCCGUCGCCAGGCCGAGAUGAGGCAAAGCGAGAACACCACCGACUUCAUGAUGAACGGGCUGAGGCUGUACGCCAAGGCCAUCCGAGUGAGCGAUGGAAGUGAAACAAACGCACUGACGGGCUUCGCCACGAGCAAAACUACUUUUGGUGAAUCAUCAAUGGCAACCGAGAUGAAUUUUGAUAACAAUGUUUUGACUCUCAACUUCACAAAGUAUAUGGGCUAUUGGUAUUUUGACACUGUGACAAUUACACAAACAUCUCCCCGUCAAUUCACCCAUGAGCUGCUGCCCAAAUCAGAAGUAUACGCCAUAAUGGACUUCUCAUACAGAUGCGGACAGAGUGUCUCAUUCACCAACAUCAAUGAAACUGAAUCUAUUACGUUGACUUUUGAAGACCUGAAGGUCCAACCAUUCUUCAAGGAGAGCAAUGCCUCAGACCCGCUGGUGUUUGGGGAGUCCCUCAACUGCAUCGGCUUCUUCUCUGUCCCCAUCUGGGCUGGUCUGUUCGUUACUUUCAUCCUUCUGUCCAUCACCUUCUACGGAAUAAUGAUGAUGAUGGACAUCCGCACUAUGGACCGUUUCGACGAUCCCAAGGGCAAGACCAUCACAAUCAAUGCUGGGGAAUAAACGUAAAUGUAUUGUGGCCAGCCGUAUUGCUUUUCGUAUUUAUUAAUUUUUUUGAGACCAUUUUGACCUAAAAUAAUGCUGUUCAAAUAAUAUUUUAAAAUAUUAAUGAAAAUAUUUAUUGAUUUUUGUGUGGCUAUAAUACUACAAGUACUAAAUGCGGUACGCUGGCCUCGCAUUUAAAUUAUGGAAACAUGAAGCACCAAAUAAGGUACUAAACAUUAUAGCUCAAGAUUAGAAAUUAUAAUAUAUUCCAGAACAGUAUUUAUUAAAAGGGCACUAAUUAUACAGCCGUUUUUGAGAUGGCGACAUUUUUUAAAAAUUACCCAAGCUUCCUUGUAUUAAAUAACUCCUAGAAACCGAUAAUGUGCCUGUUCAGAUGUAUAGAUGUUGUAAAAAUGUGUGAUUUGUGAUAGAUAAUAAUGAACUUAGAUGUAGACUAAUGAUAGACAGAGUUCUAAGUUCACAGACUAUAAAGAAAAGUUGGGUAAGUCAAAGUGUUUAUGUAUCAACGAUUAAAAGUUCCGAGCUUCGAUGAAAUGAAAGCGUAGUUAAUAAUUUUUACGAAAUUAAAUGCCCUCCAUGCUAGUGCCAAUCAUAGUUCAUUCCAGAUUUCGAACUAAUAUUGUAUUAUGUAUUGAUAGAUACUCCAUAUUUAAGUGACCUUCAAAAACUAUCAUUAUGAGCAUGUUAAAAACUUAAUUUGAGCUUCUUGGAUUUGUUGUCGAAUAUUUUUUUAAUAAAAAUUUCGUGCUCAUAUGAUCUAGGUUAAGCUAUUCUAUUGUUUUUAUUAUUAUUAUAUUUUUCUUUUGUGUAAAUAUUUCAAUCAGUUGCAAUGUUUUGUCAAUAAAUCGUGAUACAUUU